AUGCCAAAACGUGGGAAGAAGGAAGAUGCCAAGAGUGAAGCUGUGCAGGAUGAGGAACCAGAGAACAAGAAAGGGAAGAAGGGAGGAGGAAAGGAUGCAGAACCUGUUCCAGUGUAUGAGGAUGCUCCUGAUAAUUUGACUUCUGAUGAUGGCAAGAAGUACACAUGGAAGAUAAGCUCAUGGAAUGUUGAUGGCAUCAGAGCAUGGGUCAAAAAAGAAGGUGUAAAUUGGGUACGAGAGGAGGAUCCUGAUGUCCUGUGCCUGCAGGAGACAAAGUGUGCAGAAAAAUCCCUUCCUGCAGAAAUUAAAGACAUGCCUGAGUACCCUCACAAAUAUUGGGCUUGUUCUGAUGAAAAGGAGGGCUAUAGUGGAGUGGCCAUGCUGAGCAAGAAGAAACCUCUAAAUGUCUCCUAUGGCAUUGGAAUUGAAGAACAUGACAAGGAGGGCCGUGUAAUUACUGCCGAGUAUGAGUCCUUUUACCUGGUUGCUGCUUACGUUCCCAAUGCCAGUCGUGGCCUGGUACGCCUAGAUUACCGUCAACGGUGGGAUGUAGACUUUCGUGGUUACUUAAAAGGAUUGGACAGCAAAAAGCCACUUAUUUUGUGUGGCGACUUAAAUGUUGCUCACCAAGAGAUUGAUCUAAAAAAUCCCAAAACUAACAAGAAGACCCCUGGUUUCACCCCACAGGAACGGGAGGGAUUUGGAGCUCUGUUGGCUGAAGGCUUCCUGGACAGCUUCCGUGAGCUGUAUCCUGACAAGCCAUAUGCCUACACCUUCUGGACCUACAUGAUGAAUGCUCGGGCCAAGAAUGUUGGCUGGAGAUUGGAUUAUUUUGUCCUGUCAAAAGCCUUGCAGCCAGCCUUGUGUGAUAGUAAGAUCAGGAGCAAAGCUCUAGGAAGUGACCACUGUCCUAUAACCCUUUAUAUUGCUAUAUAA